AUGAAUACUAUCGUUGCUAACAAGGCGGAGGAAAAGCUUGGUGACCGACCUACCACUACCACUAAUGAGUAUAAUUCUCGUGCCGAUGAGACCAUGCUUGCGCUUCGCUGGCACGGUGACAAGGAUGUCCGCAUUGAAGAAGUCCCUGCACCUACCAUAACCGAGCCUACCGAUGUCAUCGUGAGAGUUACCGGCACGACAGUCUGCGGUAGUGAUCUGCAUCUGUACCACAAGGAGAUCAUGCAAUUACAGGAAGGCGAGAUCUUGGGACAUGAAUUCAUGGGCAUAGCCGAUGAGGUCGGGUCUGAAGUCACAUCGAUCAAGAAAGGCGACCGAGUCGUGGCCAGUUUUCAAAUUGCUUGUGGCAAAUGUCAAUUUUGCAAAGAAGGCCUCACCAGUAUGUGCGACCGCACAAACUCGUCUGCUUUGCAGGAAAAGCUCUAUGGUAAACCCUUUGCGGGCUUGUUCGGCUACUCCCAUUUUGCAGGAGGCUUCGCCGGCGGUCAAGCCGAGUAUGUUCGGGUACCAUUCGCCAGCUACAAUCUUCUCAAGAUCCCCGACCAUGUUCCCAACGAAAAAGCAUUGUAUCUUAGCGACAUCGUUCCAACCUCCUACCACGCGACCGUCUGCGCCGACGUAGAGAAAGGCAAGAGCGUCGCCGUCUGGGGUCUUGGUCCUGUCGGCAUGCUAGCGUGCCAAUGGAGCAAGCUCGCGGGAGCGAGACGCGUGAUCGCCAUCGACCAGGUGCCAGAACGUCUCGCACGCGCCCGGGACAUGGGCUGCGAUACCAUCGACUUCUCGAAGCAAAAGGACGUCGUCAGUGCGAUCUAUGAGCUUGAGGCGCAGGGCGUGGACUGCUGCAUUGAUGCAGCUGCUUUCAGGUACACGAAGACACUGCUGCACAGUGCUGAGCGCCUUGUGGGCCUGGAGACAGACAGCAGCGAGAUCCCCAAUGAGACCUUACGCGCAGUGCGCAAAUUCGGAACGGUCGCAGUUGUGGCAGACUACGCCGCAAUGACGAACCAGUUCCUCAUCGGAGCUUUGAUGGAAAAGGGUAUCACGUACCGUGGCUGCGGCCAAGCUCCUGUGCAGAAGUAUUGGCACCAGCUGCUGGAGAAGAUCGAGCGUGGCGAGUUCGAUCCCACCAUUGUCUUGACCCACAGGUUCUCAAUUGAGGAAUUCAGCGACCUGUACAAGGCUUUUGAUGAGAAGAAGCAUGGAAUACUGAAGACCUAUGUGCAGACAAGGUUCUCCCCACCACGAACAAAAGGCACUCCCCCAUUGAGCACGCUCAGGUCGGGAGAUUUGAAACCAGUACCUGCAGCCUGA